GAGCCGAGCACCGGGAGCAGAGCGGCGUCGGGAGCCGGGCACCGAGCACCGGGAGCGGAGCGGCGUCGGACACUGGGAGCCGGGCGGCGGCGGGACGGGGGUGCGGGCGACCCCGGGACCCCCGGCGCCCUCGGCGAUGGCGUGCGCCAAGGCCAGGGCUCUGUACAGCUUCCAGAGCGAGAACCCCGAGGAGAUCAGCAUCAGCGAGAAUGAGGAGCUGCUGGUGUUCAGCCAGGACUCGCUGGACGGCUGGCUGGAGGGCCGCAACAGCCGCGGGCACCGGGGGCUUUUCCCCGCCUCCUACGUGCAGAUCCUGCCGGCCAGCGGGGCGCCCGGCCCCGGGCUCCCGUCCCCCGCCGCCAGCUACGAGGACGAGGACGAGGAUGAUUGGGACGACUGGGACGAUGCGUCGACGGUGGCGGACGAGCCGGGGGUGAGCGCAGCCCCGAACGGCCACGGGCACCCAGCGCUGCCCUACCCCGGGGUGAACCUGCGGCCGAAGCCGUGGCUGGAGCGGCAGGACAGCGCGGCGGGUCGGCGCGGCGCCGUGGGCAGGAACUUUAACCGCUUCUCCAGCUUCGUGCGCUCGGGCGGUGAGGCGUUUAUCCUGGGCGAGGUGCCGUCGGUGCUGCGGCCGGCCGAGACCUACUCAGUGGUGAUGAGCGCGGACGGGCCGCAGUGGAGCGAGAACCCGCGGCCCUUCACCUGCACCAUCGAGGAGCCCACCAAGCAGACCAAGUUCAAGGGCAUCAAGAGCUACAUCUCCUACAAGCUGACCCCCAGCCUCACCAACUACCCGGUGUACCGGCGCUACAAGCACUUCGACUGGCUGCACAACCGGCUGCUCCACAAGUUCUCCGUCAUUUCGGUGCCGCACCUGCCCGAGAAACAGGCCACCGGCCGCUUUGAGGACGACUUCAUAGAGAAGCGCAGGAGGCGCCUGAUCCUGUGGAUGGACCAUAUGACCAGCCACCCGGUGUUGUCUCAGUACGAGGGCUUCCAACACUUCCUCACCUGCACGGACGACCGCGCCUGGAAACAGGGCAAGAGGCGCACCGAGAGAGACGAGCUGGUGGGCGCCAACUCCUUCCUCACCAUCCAGAUCCCGCAGGAGCACCAGGACCUGCAGGACGUGGAGGAGAGGGUGGACGCCUUCAAAGCCUUCUCCAAGAGGCUGGACGACAGUGUGUUGCAGCUCAGCAGCGUAGCCUCAGACCUGUGCCGCAAACACGCCGGCGGCUUCAGGAAGGAGUUCCAGAAAUUGGGCAACGCCUUCACUUCCAUCAGCCAGGCGUUCGAGAUGGACCAGCCGCACCUGGCCGUCUCCCUCAACAGAGCCAUCUCCAUCACCGGCAAGACCUACGAAGCCAUUGGCGAGCUGUUUGCUCAGCAGCCCAAGAAUGACCUCUUCCACAUGUUGGACACGCUGUCUCUGUACCAGGGCCUCCUGUCCAAUUUCCCAGACAUCAUUCAUGUCCAGAAAGGUGCCUUUGCCAAGGUGAAAGACAGCCAGAGGAUGAGUGAUGAAGGCAAGAUGGACCAGGAGCAGGUGGAUGGGAUCAAGAGGCGGUGUCGAGUGGUGGGAUUUGCUCUCCAGGCUGAGAUGAACCAUUUCCACAAGCGCAGGAUCGUUGAUUUCAAGCGCAUGAUGCAGUCCUACCUGCAGCAACAAAUCCUCUUCUACCAGAGGAUCAGCCAGCACCUGGAGCAGACGCUGCACUUGUAUGACACACUGUAAUCAAGGACCUCCUCCUCCACCCCCAACCUGCCACUGGCUUGGGAAGGAAAGGCUGCUGAGAUGUUUCCCAGUCCCCACGAUCCUUUCUUCAAUCCCCUCCUCCUUUCCCACAGUACCUUUGACACCCGACAAUCCCCUCUGAACUUUCCUCAUCACCUCGAUCCCAAUUCCCCUGACCAUUCCCCAAAUCCCAGACCCUUCCUACAAUCUCCCUGACCAUUCCUCAAAUCCUGGGCCAUUUCUACAAUCCCACCAUUCCCCAAAUCCUGAACUAUUCCUACAAUUCCCCUGACCAUUCCCCAAAUCCCAGACCAUUCCUCAAAUGCCGGACCAUUCCUACAAUCCCCCUGACCAUUCUCCAAAUCCCAGACCAUUCCUCAAAUGCCAGACCAUUCCUACAAUCCCCCUGACCAUUCCCCAAAUCCUGAACCAUUCCUACAAUCCCCCUGAUCAUUCCCUAAAUCCCGGACCAUUCCUCAAAUCCUGGACCAUUCCUACAAUCCCCCUGACCAUUCCUACAAUCCUCCUGAGCUGCCGGUGCCGGGUUCCAUGAGCCUUUGUGGGGAUGGAGGCUCCUGGGUUGACACAUGAGCUGUGUUCCAGUGAAGGUGAAGAACUCUCCCCUCCCACGGCCUCACUCCAUGGACACGUGGAGUUGUUUACACUUUGUACUUUAAGAACCAGCGGAGGGAGCUUUGUUCGCCCAAUCCUGUGUUAGUCCCUGAAUGCUAUGGAUCACGUUACCAGCCAAGCCAGGUGGCACUGUGCUCCAAACCACUGCAGGAGGCUUCUACAUACUGCUUAUAGCCACGUUUAUCUCUAUGACACUUACAGCAGAUUUUAUUUUUUGAAACAAUGGGGGUGUAACAUUUUUUCAGUAGAGGUCACUUCUUCCAGCUCUAAGGUUUACAUUAAUUUUCUGACAGAGACAACAUUUCUUCCUCCAGCUACCACCACCAGAGCUUGCUCUGGGCCGCUGACUCUGCAGUAAUGGCAUGUUUUUGUAUAGUGUUUUAACUAUUGGGACAGUUAACCUUUUUCUAUACAGGGCAUAACAGGGAGAUCUGUAAUGAUAGAGGAGCUUUUAGUUUUUCAGGUUGUGUGGAAAGUGUUGGUGUUAACUGUCAUUGGGGAGUAAUCAUUGCUUUGCGGGGUUGGCAGAUGUACAUUCCACAACAUUGGGAAUGUUUGCUGGCAGAUAUUAUUGGGGCUCAGCUGUGUAAUUGGGAGCUGGAAACUGAAUUACGGCAAUUGAGAGACAUCAAGAAAGUGAGGUCGGUGUGUGAGGAGCACAGGCAAUGUGACGGAAUAGGUAAUGAGCUGUGACAGUGGAUAAAGAGGCUGACUGCAUUCCUUAAUCUGUGUGAAGGCCACUGUUGGCAUGGUGGCCUAGCCCUCAGGUGUGCUGUGGCCUAGCCUACUGGUGUGUAGCCCACAGGUGUGCAGCCCACAGGUGUGGUGUGCCCAAGCCCACAGGUGUGCAGUGGCCUAGCCCACAGGUGUGCAGCCCACAGGUGUGCAGCCCACAGAUGUGGUGUGGCCUAUCCCACAGGUGUGCAGCCCACAAGUGUGGUAUGGCCUAGCCCACAGGUGUGCAGCCCACAGGUGUGGUGUGGCCUAUCCCACAGGUGUGCAGCCCACAGGUGUGGUGUGGCCUAUCCCACAGGUGUGCGGCCCACAGGUGUGGUGUGGCCUAUCCCACAGGUGUGCGGCCCACAGGUGUGGUGUGGCCUAUCCCACAGGUGUGCGGCCCACAGGUGUGGUGUGGCCUAUCCCACAGGUGUGCGGCCCACAGGUGUGUGUCAACUACCUGGGUCCACAAGUGCCCCACUGUUUAAAGAGUGCACUGCACUUUAGAUUCUCUUCUUUAAAGCUGUUCCACUACAGUGCUGUAGAUCUUUCUUCAACUGUACACUCACGGUCUGGAUUAUAAAUCAGUGCUUUAUCUGUGAUAUUUAAUGCUCUGGAUAUAAAGAUUACAUACUGGUCACCAUAAGUGAUGAAUAAUCCAUGGAGUGUGGUGCAGAGGAGCUGUGAGGGGCAGCUGUUGUGAGUACCACCCUUCAAAGUGCAGUCAGGAUGGAGUCUGAUGCUGCCCACCCUCACACACAUCAGAUGGGUUCUCACCUGUCGUGGCCGCUGCUCUCAGUGUUCAGCAUGUUGAGCCACAGUGUACAUCAGAGUCCACACCCGGCUAGGUCUCAGUGACCUGGCAACGGGUCUAUGGGACGUUGGUUAGGGAGAGUGUGGGAGGCAGACGUGACUGCAACGCCUCCCUGUCAGGGAACUGUGGGCUACUGGUUCCCCAGAUCAUGUCCCCCCACCCCACUCACAGGAGGCUUAGUGAGGAUUACUGGAGGAGAAGCCCCCACUUCGGGACGGCUGUACUGAGGGCCCUGGACCAUACCUGCUGCCGACCCACUGCUCCUGGGACAGCCGAGGGGAGCUGUUCCCUGUAAGCCACACCAUCCACAGCCCAGGACCACCCAUGUGUCCGGGAGCUGGGGGUUUCUGUUCAUCACUGGUACUUCCAGGUGCAGGUUGGCACCAUCAGGUGCCAGGAGUCUAUAAACCAGCAGGAGAGGAAGGAGCGCUGAUGCUCACUCUGAAGCCCUGGUGGGAGGGAGAAGUGGGUAGUUCACGGCCAGUGUUGGUGUCCACAAUGGGCAGCUGUUGGCUCAGCCGCACCAGCGGGUGAACACAUUGAAGUGGGUGGUUGAUCCCCAUUGGUGGGCAUCCUUCCAGUGCCCUCGCAUGUCAGCAGUUUCUGCACUGCUCCCGGUAACAUCACUUAAUACCAGGAAAUAGUGAAAUAAAAUGAAAACAGAAACAGGA